AUGGAGUCGCCGACGAAUCUCCUACAGCCUUUCUUCUCGUUUAACCCCGAGGAGAAGCCGAAGGUGGAAGAGUUCCCCCCUUGUGGAGAAGACUUGCCAUCGGUGAAUCACUGUCAGGGAUUGAACAGUUCGAAUUCACCUCAGUCCAGCCGAAUCUCUCCUCACGAUCCAUUCUGGACGAUGGAUUCUGGAUUCCAUGCGUGUCCUGUCCCCAUUCAGUAUCUCAAUUCUCAAAUGACCCCUGGACAUGAAGAAUACCAGGAUCGGAGCGGCUGGGAUUGCGUGGAUCCAAAUUUCGUGGAUGUCCCUGAAGGUCCUCCUCCUCCACUCCCGGUGCCUUGUGCUGUUGACGGCUUCGAUGUUCCCUUUCAAGGUGACUAUGGGUUUUAUGAAGAAAGCGGAGAUGCCGAUGGAGACAGCGGAACCGGGACUUGGGAUAUGGAUUGUUGGACGGAAGCGAACUGCUGUAAUGGAACCAACGGCAUCAAAGAGGAAAUGUACGGAGAGGAGAGGAAACUCUUGAAUUAUCCUGUCAUGGAAGAAAUGCCCUCCAAGUGCGAAACAGCUUCUGUCAGUGCUUCCAGCCCCAUGGGUAGCUCUCUGGACGACGAUGAGCUAUUGACGCUUCCAGUCCGCGAGUUCAAUCGACGGAUGCAGGGUAUGCCACAACCCAAAGUCCAGAUCUACAAACAGAAGAGAAGGACUCUAAAAAAUAGAAAAUACGCCCAGAUCUGCCGGACGAAGAAGGUGCAGCUGAGUCAGGAGCUGAAGAUGCAGAACACAGAACUCAAGAAGAAACUGGAUGAGAAAGAAUACCUGCUCAAUAAUGCGGCGAGGAAGGUCGACUCUUUGGAGAAGGAAUUAAACGCCUGUAAGCAUGAAAGGGACACUUUGAGGCUAGAAAAUGACGCUUUGAAGCAAGAAAGAGACGUUUCGAGGCAAGAAAAUGACGCUUACAAGAAGAAGCUUCAAGAGCUUCUGGUAUCCGGAAGGGGCUAA